AUGGUCGAAAAUAUAAUGAUGGAUCUUAAAACCAAGAAAGGGGGGAGGGUUAUAGUAUCUGUUAAUAAAAUAAUUAAUGAUGUACAUAACUUUACUUCUGACUCCGAUACUUCUUCCGAUAACGAUUCAGGUAAUUCUUCCACAUCUAGUUAG